UGUCUGUCUCUCUCUCUCUCUCUCUCUUUUGUGCCCCUGAGCCUCAGUUUCUCUCUCUCUCUGAGCCCCAGCAGAGAUCUCAGAGUUUGGGAGGUUGGGGGCUCCCCAGCCCCUCGCCCGCAGGACUGGUUCCCAGGACGGAGGUCAACCAAGAUUUGCAAGUUGCCAAGAUGAUUUCUUCUAGUGACUAUGGAUCCAAUUCAUGGGAACUUAGCAUCCGUGUUGACCAUCAGUUAGUAAAAGAUGCUAUUAAACUUACAGUAUCUGGAGAUCUGCAUAUUGGUGGAGUGAUGCUCAAAUUAGUUGAGAAAAUUGAAAUUGCCCAAGAUUGGUCAGACUUUGCACUUUGGUGGGAACAGAAACAGUGCUGGCUUCUAAAAACGCAUUGGACUCUGGACAAAUGUGGAGUGCAGGCAGAUGCUGCCUUGAUCUUCACACCUCAGCAUAAAAUGUUACGUCUUCUUUUGCCAAACAUGAAGACUGUAAGACUUAAAGUCAGCUUCUCAUCAGUUGUCUUCAAGGCUGUCAGUGACAUCUGCAAAACCCUUAAUAUUAGGAGAUCAGAAGAGCUCUCUUUGUUAAAGCCAUCAGAAGAUUUUAAAAAGAAAAAGAAGAAAGAAAAGAGCAGCAAGGAGCCAGUAAUUGAAGAUAUUUUAAAUUUGGAUAAUUCUCCAACAAAUUCAGGAACCCCAACAAGUCCUGGUUUGUAUAGUAAAACCCUGACACCCACAUAUGAUCCGAUCAAUGGAAUGCCUGCUUCUUCCACCAUUACGUGGUUCUGCAAUAGCCUUCUGACUGAACAAAACUGUAACCUUCUUGCCUUCAGUCAACCCAACUGUUCACCAGAGACGCUUGCUGAAAUGUACCACCCUCGGUCUCUGGUAGAAAAAGCGAAACUUAAUGCAGGGUGGCUAGACUCAUCCCGCUCACUUAUGGAACAGGGCAUUCAGGAGGAUGAGAAGUUGUGGUUACGGUUUAAAUACUUCACGUUCUUUGACUUGAAUCCAAAAUAUGAUGCCAUUCGAAUAAACCAACUGUAUGAACAAGCCAGAUGGGCCAUUCUUCUAGAAGAAAUAGACUGCACUGAGGAAGAGAUGCUCAUCUUUGCUGCCCUGCAGUAUCAUAUCAGCAAAAUGACAUUAGCAGCAGAAACACAGGAUUUCACAAAUGAAGGUGAAGUUGAUGAAAUAGAUGCUGCACUCUCUAAUUUAGAAGUUACACUAGAUGGUGAAAAAAACGAUGAUAUUUUGGAGGACAUCACAGAUAUACCGAGGCUUGCAGACAAUCUCAAGUUCUUUAGACCCAAAAAAUUAUCAUUAAAAGCAUUCAAACAAUAUUGGUUUGUAUUUGGAGACACAUCAAUAGCCUAUUAUAAAAAUCGAGAUGCUGAAUUUGGAGAACCAGUUGAUAAGUUAAAUCUCAGAGGAUGUGAAGUGGUGCCUGAUGUCAAUGUAGCAGGAAAGAAAUUUGGGAUCAAGCUGAUGAUUCCUGUGGCUGAUGGAAUGAAUGAAGUGUGCUUAAGGUGUGAGGAUGAAGGCCAGUAUGCUAGGUGGAUGGCUGCCUGUGUUCUCGCAUCAAAGGGAAAAACAAUGGCAGACUGCUCUUAUCAGUCCGAGAUCAACAGCAUUCGCUCAUUCCUCCAGAUGAAAAACAGGAAUACCAGUUCUCAGGCACCUUCUGAUCCUGAAAGCAUGGACAUGAAGCCAGAGUGCUUCGUGUCACCUCGGUGUGCAAAAAAGCACAAGUCUAAACAGUUGGCAGCUCGCAUUCUGGAAGCUCACCAGAAUGUGGCCCAGAUGACUCUCGUGGAAGCCAAGCUGCGUUUUAUUCAAGCGUGGCAGUCCUUGCCUGAAUUUGGGCUGGCAUAUUACAUUGUCAGGUUUAAAGGAAGCAAGAAAGACGAUCUUCUGGGAGUCUCAUACAAUCGGUUAAUUAGGAUAGACACAGCCACGGGGGACCCAAUUACAACAUGGAGAUUCUCAAAUAUGAAACAGUGGAAUGUAAACUGGGAAAUCCGUCAGGUUGCCAUUGAGUUUGACCAAAAUGUGUCUAUCGCUUUCUCCUGCGUGAGUGCAGACUGCAAGGUAGUGCAUGAGUACAUCGGUGGCUACAUUUUCUUAUCCACACGUUCCAAAGGCCAGAAUGAGACCCUUGACGAAGAACUGUUCCAUAAAUUAACCGGAGGUCAGGAAUGAAAUGAAGCUGGCUUUAGUUGGCAUGAACAUCCAGAGUACCCAAAAAGGAUGACACUGCGAUAACCCGGCGUUUCAUCUGCCAAGUGUUUGCAUAGGUUACAGAUCUUGAAAUACUUCAGUGGUAAAUAUUCUCAACUGAGUAACACUACCACCUCUCUCCCUACAAUCACCUGAGUCUACGGUCUGCCGAACUUUCAUCAAACAUCCUCUGCCUGACCAAGCAGGUGUUUCAGGUGACAGAUUUAAUGAAUCUUGGAACUGGGCUUGAAGCUUUGGAGAGCAGGUCGCCUGGAGCAAUGAAUCAACAGAAAGAGGAGGAAAGAUGGAAUAGAGCAAGACUGACUACCACCUGUGAAGUGAUGAUGGUAUUUCUUAAGCACUUACUAUGUGCCAAGCACUGUUCUAAGCACUGGACUUUUGGUAUAUCACAGUGCUCUGAGUAAUUUGUAACAGGGCCAACUUAGAUUUUGGGGAGAGAGAGUUUAUCCUGCAUAUCUUAAAAGAUGCAUUUUAUUUUCUAAAUAAAGCAGUAAACCUAUCUCAGGAGGAAAAACAGAUGCAGCUAGAUUUAUUUACCCAGGUCCAAAGCUACCUAGUGGUUGCUUGGAAAUCUACUAUUAGACUGUCAUUUCCUUGAGGGCAGAGACCAGGUGUUUCACUUCUGUUGUUCAUUCCAAGUCCAAGUUUAGUGCCCUGCACUCGAGACAUUCAAUAAAUGCCAUAAAUUCAGCAAAUACCUUUGAUUGAGGGAAGCUCUUUCAGGCUAUGUUAAUAGAACAGAAAGACUAUAAGUUUUGUAGGCAGGAAACAUGUCUACAAAGUCUGCUGUAGCAUAGUCUCCCAAGCACUUAGUACAGUGUUUUGUACAGAGUAAGUGCUCUAUAAAUACCUCCGAUGAUGAUUUUUCAAGCUAACUGGACCUGGUUAAACUGAUCCCAAGUCUGGAUAACCAAGUAAAAUGACAUUUGGCUCACUAGGAGAGGAGAGUACUAAAUUUUGAUUGAUUAGGAGUGCUCAUAUAGCCAGAUUUCUUCUGUCACUGAAGCAGCAGCCCCCUGAAUUAAAACCUGGUGUCCUGAGGAAAUUAAUGCCACUUCUAUGGGGACUUAAUGUACAGCCACUAAGUAGCUUAGGCCUGGAAGAGCCUGACUCAAACUAUAAGAAAUGUACUGGAAACUUCUUGUCCUACACACAGUCUAUGAGCCGUGUAUUUAAAGUUGGCCCAUCCUGUACUCCAUGGUUUAUUCAUUCAAUGUCGUACUUUCUGAAUGCUUACUUCG